GCGCCUGCGCAAUGCCUCUACGCAGCUCAAGUCCCGCCCCCAUCCAGACCGAUCAUUGGCCUCGGGGACCGGGCUCGGGCACAAGAUGGCUGCCACGCGCCGGGAGUCCCCGAGUCCGAGCGCCCUGACCCCGGAGUCGCGAUCCCCGGAGCUGCCGGACCUGGUCCUGGUGCCCGAUGACGGCCGCCCCGCCACUCCCCCGAGUGACCUCAUCGAGAUCCAGGUGGUGAAGGUCACGGACACCGCGCUAGUCCCCGGGCCCCCCGAGCCGGGCUACUUCCGCUGCGCUUUGUGCCCAGCCGCCUUCCGGCUGGUGUCCGAGCUGCUGUUCCACGAGCGCGGCCACCUGACAGGCGCGGCCGGCGGCGGGGGCGGCGGAGACCCCAGCCGGUGCCACGUGUGCGGCCACCGCUGCGCCGGGCCUGCCAGCCUGCGAACGCACUACGGCCUGCACACGGGCGAGCGCCCCCGCCCCUGCGCACGCGCCUUCAAGGCCCUGGCGCCCCUGCUGCGGCUCCAGCACCGCCGCGGCGCCGAGCCCGGGCCCUCGCGCGCGCCCCCGACGCGCGCCGAGGCUGCGGGGGAGCCAGGUCCCGGGGCGCCCCCGGAGAGGGCCGAGGCGGUGCUGGCGGCGGCGGCGGCGGGCGCGGCGGUGGGCAAGCCCUUCGCCUGCAGGUUCUGCGCCAAGCCGUUCCGCCGCUCCUCCGACAUGCGGGACCACGAGCGGGUGCACACGGGCGAGCGGCCCUACCACUGCGGCGUGUGCGGCAAGGGCUUCACGCAGUCCUCGGUGCUCAGCGGCCACGCACGCAUCCACACGGGCGAGCGCCCCUUCCGCUGCGCGCUCUGCGACCGCACCUUCAACAACUCCUCCAACUUUCGCAAGCACCAGCGCACGCACUUCCAUGGGCCCGGGCCGGGGUCCCCGACGUUGGUGGCCGAGGUGGCGGGGAGCGCGUGUGAGGCAAGCCACGCCCGGGAGGAGGGGCGCGGGGUCGAGGUUGACCAGUAGCCGGAACAGCCGGCUGAGGGAGUUAACUUGGGAGGUUACAGGGAGAGGUGCGGGGGACCGGGGCAAUAGCGAAGGGAGACCAGGAGCAGUCGCCUGCGCAACAGAGCUCAAGGACCAGGUUCUGGACGCCAGAAGCCCGAGCCACGCCUAUGUGACACCCAGAGAAGGAGACAAGCAGCCCUGUGGUGCUCGGUAGGACCACGGGGCAUUUCAGCGCCCCUUUCGAGUCCCUGGGAGAGACACAGCGUGUCACAAGAGAGGACACUACAGAGAGACAACCAGGUCCACCUCAGCACUCCUGGCCCACCCCUUCACCUGCAGAGUGCUGGGCUGCCUGGGGGACCCCUGGGUGGACCAGGAUGGAAUCUUUUGCCUACCUCACCAGAUUGCACUGGACCUGCGCUGCCUCCCCACCGCAGGCAGUUGCCCAUCGGGUGGUGUGUACAGACCAGGAUCCCACCACUCAAAGCCAGAGGGUCCUCAAGUGACUCGAGCUGAGAGCACUGAGGACCUGGGCCUGUUCCAAGGGUCACUGCUUCCCACACCCCCAGGCUGGUCCCUCCUUAACCCAUUGCAGCCCCCUCUUCCGACACAACUAAGAGUGGGCCCAGCAAACAACCACCUACCACCCUUCCUGAAACGGUAUCAGUCUGUGGUCCCCACAGCUACAAAGGAGCCUCAGGUUUCUCUAAUUUCCUCCACUUGGAAUUUGAAGCAGGCAGCUACUGCCCGAGCCCAGACAGUUCUAAAAAGGGCAGGUCCGUGGGAGCAUAGACUGGCCUGGGUGGGGUCAAGAGGAGGCGGGAGCCUCCAGUCUCUGGUUCCUAUUAAAGGACUGUCUGAGGGUUGCUCUCAUCAA